AUGCCCACAGCCAAAGACGCCCUCUUCGGGCUCGCCUCCCUCCUAACUCUAGGCCACUUCAUAACCUCCUCCAUCAUCGCCGCCGACGCCAUAAACGCCCGGGACAAGUGGCAGCUCGAGGCCCACGGACACGUCCGUCGCGACCUCAUCAGCUCGGCGCUAGGGUCGUUGGGUUCGUCGACAGCGAGCGCGGGACCGAAGCCAAGCGAUGCGCAGAUCGGUACGUUCUCCCAAAGUUCAUCGCUGACAGAUCAAGCGGCGCAACUGCCCAUCUUCCACAGCGGCCUGUUCCGCGCGCUCGUGAAUGGGCUGGCGUGGCUGUACUUUGUUUUCCACCUGGUUAUUCGCAAGACGGCCCCGGCGUCCAGGAUCCUCGCGCUCGGGGGCGACUUUGCCUGGCUCGUCGUGUGGACUGUGCUCAUCGUCGUCGCGCAGGCUUGGCACUGGCCCCGUCCUACGCCUAAGCGCGGGGUUGAGCUUGCCGAUUUGAUUCUGUGGGCGGUGCAGCUGGCUUCGUACACGCUCGUCUUCCUCUGGCUCCUGAGGGUGCUCGCCAAGGGUGUGCGUCGGUUCGGUCUCCGUGCGCUUGGCAAGUCGGAGCACGCCAUCUUGCACCCGGAGGAGGAACAGCCCAAGCUGUUCGAGGGCACUGCUUGA